AGUUUUGACAGAGUUUCAACAGUCAUUAAGAGAACAAAUGGAACCAACAACAGUUGACGACAAAAGUGUAACGGACAAUACUGUUGUCGGUGAUGAAGGUUCGAGUCCUGAAAAUGAAGAACAAGGAUUUGCUGUUAAUGAAGAAUUCAAUGGUGGACAAGACUCAAACAAAGAACAAAAAGAAGAUCAUGUAAAGACAUUUUUAAAACAAUGGCAUGUCGAGGCUCCGGAUCUGUGUUGUGUGUGUCUAGAGAGUGCAACUGAUGUGAAAAAUAAAUUAGUGUAUUGUUAUGGAUGGAAAUGUGAGUUACCUGCUGAAGGUCAUUGGUAUUGUGACAAAUGUCUUGCAAAACCAGCUGAAGUGGUGGAAGAGAAUGGGCUCAAAACAAAUCCAUGGGUUCACUUAGUUUGUGCUUUAUGGACACCGGGAAUGUCAAUAGCCAAUCCACAAGGAUUGGAUGAAUGUUCAAUCAGCAAUACUGAAAAAAUAAAUUGGAAAAAAGAAUGCUGUAUAUGUCCUAAAAAACUUGCCAGUCAAGGCGCGCCUCUUCAUUGUGAUGCAUAUCAGUGUAGAAAUUGGAUUCAUGUAACAUGUGCUCAAGCAUAUAAUCUUUUGAAAUAUGUAAAAGAUUCUGAAAUUGAUGAUCCUUUUUUUGUUCUUUGUAAUGAUCAUAGUUUACAACCUGAGUCACUUUGUUUGAAUGAAUGGGAAAGAUGGAUUUUGAAACGUGAUGAAUUUUUAGAUAGAGUUAGGUCCAGGGAACUACAAAAAGAAACUUGUCAACUUGCAGGUAGAAAUGAUGGUUGGUUAAUUGAUUAUGGGAAAAUACUACAAGAAAUGUUUGAAGAUGUUUAUGUUGAGCAUCAAAAAUAUAGAGAGAAACAAAUCAUUCAACUUAGAAUGUCUAUUGCACAGCUUAAUUCAAGCUAUAAACAAAAUAAGGACAAUAUGGAUAAGGCAAAAGAAGAAAUUGAAUUACUGUAUCAAAACAUAUUAAUUGCAAAAACAGAAACUGUGGAAAUAGUAAGAUAUUUAAAAUUGUUAAAAUUUAGAGUAAAAACAUUUGUUGAAAAGAUGAUCAAAAAAGACAUUGAAAGCAUUAAUAUCAUUGGUGAUAAUUCUCAUAAGAAUAAUAGCAGAACCAAUACCAUUCAUGAUAAUAUUUUUGAAAUGAACCAAUAUGCUUUCAUUGAAUAUCCAACUUACAAAGUAGCAGAACAUAAAAUAAGCAAUGGACUAUUGAUAAAGACAAUAACUAAGAUUCAAAAAUUAUUAGUUAAAUUACCAAAAUCUAUAUCAGAUUGGAAUAAUAAUGGUGUGAAAAAAGCAAAAUCAAUUAAUGUUAAAGGGUUACAUAAUUUUGAAGAAAUUAUAUUGUUACAACUAAAUAAAGCACAAAUAAUUUUUGAUCAAAGACAAAAAGAAGCUCAAUCAUCAUCUUCUACUGUAACAAAUUCAAACACAUUACAAUUAAUAGACAAUCUUACUAAUCAAUUAAAAAAAGAAUAUUAUACUGGUCCUGCAGCUAGAAUGGGUUUAAUUGAUUUGGAAAAACAUUGUUAUCAUCCACUUUAA